CCCAUUUCCACGCAACUCUCCACCCCCUCGUGACAAUGUCAGCUCCUGCGAAAUCUCGCUGGGCAAAGGACGAUGAGCCAGAGACAGAAGCUAUCAUUGCACAACGAAAACGCGAAAAAGAAGCUAAGCGACGCGCAAAGGCCGAAAGACAGCGCAAGGCCGAGGAAGAUCUAGCUCGGCAACAGAAGCAACAGAAACAGACAGAAUCGGAAGUACAGCCUCCGAAAAAGCGUCGGAGACUCUCGAAUGAACCAUCAACGCCAAUAGCACCAGGUGGACAACAGCAGCAACAGCAACAGCAACAAAAGCGAACCAGCCAUCUCCUCUCCUUCCCAGCGCGAGAAUGGGGGCCGUGCAGACUCGUCGACAACUUCGAGCGUCUAAAUCAUAUCGAAGAGGGUUCUUACGGCUGGGUUUCGCGUGCCAGAGACAUCAACACCGGCGAGAUCAUAGCCCUGAAAAAGCUGAAGAUGGACAACUCCCCGGACGGCUUCCCAGUGACGGGACUACGUGAGAUACAGACACUUCUAGCUGCUAGACAUGAAAAUAUCGUUUACCUCCGGGAGGUUGUGAUGGGGACUAACAUGGACGAUGUCUUUCUAGUGAUGGACUUUCUGGAACAUGAUCUCAAGACCCUCCUCGACGACAUGCGCGAACCUUUCCUCCCCUCCGAAAUAAAAACCUUGCUCCUUCAAGUCAUCUCCGGCGUGGAAUUCCUCCAUUCGCACUGGAUCAUGCAUCGCGAUCUGAAGACCUCGAACCUCCUCAUGAGCAACCGUGGCGAGAUCAAGAUUGCCGAUUUCGGAAUGGCUAGGUACUACGGUGAUCCGCCUCCCAAGUUGACCCAGCUGGUCGUGACGCUGUGGUAUCGUGCCCCGGAACUGUUGCUGGGCGCGGACAAGUACGGGACCGAGAUCGAUAUGUGGAGUAUCGGGUGUAUCUUUGGGGAACUCUUGACCAAGGAGCCGCUGCUCCAGGGGAAGAAUGAAGUUGACCAGGUUUCUAAGAUCUUCACUCUCACAGGACCACCAACGACACAAACAUGGCCGUCUUUCCGCUCCCUACCAAACGCAAAGUCCCUACGGCUCCCAUCCACCACAACCGCUGCACCGACCGGAAACCCACCACUGCUCCCCCGUUCAAAGUUCCCCUACAUAACCAACGCAGGUCUGAAGCUCAUUUCUUCCCUUCUAGCCUUGAACCCUAGAUCGCGGCCCACUGCCCAGGAGUGUCUCUCGCAUCCGUAUUUCAAGGAAGAUCCCCGUCCUAAGCCGAAGGAGAUGUUUCCCACUUUCCCGUCCAAGGCUGGCAUGGAAAGGCGCAGGCGCCGUGAGACACCCGAGGCGCCGAAGCGCGGCCAGGAAGCUCCUAGGCUCGACUUUGCUGGCGUGUUUGGUGGUGCCCCCGGAGGGGACACUGGGGAAGUCGGUGCGGGAUUUACUCUGCGUCUAGGGUGAUUUGCCGAGUUCUCAAGUUUAAUUAACUACUACUCCCUUGUCUAGUUCUAUAGGGCCAGUGAUCACGAGGUGACCAGUAAAC